GCCGGAAACGCCUCUCUACAUCACCGGAAACUUCUGUCCAUCCCAUGCUUCGACGACUCCUCCUCUAUGGCGGCCAUCGAGCCCAAAUUCGACGCCAAGGUGUUUCGCAAGAACCUCACUCGAAGCAAGAACUACAAUCACAGAGGCUUCGGCCACAAAGAAGUGACCCUCAAGCUCAUGAACCGCGAUUAUACUGGUGAUAUUUUAAAGACAUUGAAAGCGAACGAGUUGGAAUACACAUGGGGAAAUGUGACGGUGAAACUCGCAGAGGCGCACGGGUUCUGUUGUCGAGAAAGCCGUCUAGAUUGCUUACGAGGCAAGAAAGCAGUUUCCUAAUGAAAAGAUUUGGAUCACCAACGAGAUCAUCCAUAAUCCAACGG